AUUCCAGAAUUCUCUGACGGCUUCUGGACUGGGGCCCAGUUGGCAUGCUGGACGAAUUCCGAAACACCUUGGUCCUAUUUCCCGAAGAUCUCCAUCUACCUGCGAGAUGAGAACUCCAGCCAGUCCUUCCGUAUCACCAUCCUGCCACAGUUGUACAUUCAGCCCAUGAUGGGGGCUGGCCUGAAUUAUGAGUGCUACCGAUUCGGCGUCUCCCCUUCCACGAAUGCGCUGGUGAUUGGUGCGACAGUGAUGGAGGGCUUCUACGUGGUCUUCGACAGAGCUCACAAGAGGGUGGGCUUUGCAGCGAGUCCUUGUGCAGAGACCGCAGGUGUUCCAGUGUCUGAAAUUUCCGGGCCCUUCUCCACAGACGACAUAGCCAGCAACUGUGUCCCGGCCCCAGCUUUGAACGAGCCCAUCUUGUGGAUUGUGUCCUAUGCACUGAUGAGUGUGUGUGGGGUCAUCCUUCUUGUCCUCAUUGUCCUGCUGCUGGUCCCCUUCCGAUGUCGGCAUGCACCUCGUGACCCCGAGGUCGUCAAUGAUGAGUCCUCUCUGGUCAGGCAUCGCUGGAAAUGAAGAGCCAUGUCUGAGCUCUGGUGACCUUGAACUCAGCUCUUCCAAGAGUGACAUGUGUGGGACGGCAGGCGUGGGAUAUGGGCCAGACUUCUUCCUCUGUCUGUCAGUCUGGAAUCUCAGUUCUUUCUCCAGAUGCCUUCCGGAUUCACUGUACCUUGAUUAUUCUUGAUUUGCAAGUUUCCAAUUCUCUCCUACUUCCAAGAGAAAUGUUAAUAAAAAACACCUCGUUGUAAACCAAAACAGAAUUUGGCUUUAGGCUUCAUGGGACUGGUUAUGCCAAACUGUCUAGGUAUGCCACCCUCUAUAACCUCUGGCAAAAUGGGGGCAUUUGGUUUAUAACCACGU